GGGAGAAGGAGGCGGGUGGACACUGUGAUGCUGCUGUGUGUUAUCCACUGCCUCUGGUUUGUCUUUCCCAGUCCACGCAGCGGGGCUUCUCCACCCUCCUCUGCCUCCUCCGGCUUGGAAUCUGUCAUUGACGCCCUGCAACCUCGCGGAUCUUCAGCCUCGGAUUCGGACUGGAGCCAUGCGCACGGCGACGUUUCUGCGUGGGUCCGCGCAGUGACAGCCAGCCGCGGGGGAUGGAGCACUUGUCUUCACAUUCCUGCAGAAGCAACCGACGGUGAUAUAGCGGGGAGAGGCUGCGGUGUGGACAAAACAACAUCAUAUAUACGCAGCGUCUUAUCCGACGAGGGAGAUUGCUUCUUGUUACCAGAGGUGUCGCCUUGCGUUUCAUCCUCAACAAUGGGGGAACAGCCCAUCUACAGCACGCGGGCCCACGUCUUUCAAAUUGACCCCAACACCAAGAAGAACUGGCUGCCUACCAGCAAGCACGCCGUUACAGUGUCCUACUUCUAUGACAGCACGCGCAAUGUCUACCGCAUCAUCAGCCUGGAUGGAACCAAGGCAAUAAUUAACAGCACCAUCAGCCCCAACAUGACGUUCACAAAGACCUCCCAGAAGUUUGGCCAGUGGGCGGACAGUCGAGCAAACACCGUCUACGGCCUGGGUUUCUCCACCGAGCAUCAUCUGUCCAAGUUUGCGGAGAAGUUUGCAGAAUAUAAAGAAGCAGCGCGACUUGCUAAAGAGAAAAGUCAAGAAAAGAUGGAAAUGGCCACCUCACCCUCGCAGGAGUCUCCAGCCGGGGAGCUCUCAUCACCUUUGACUCCUGUAACUCCGCCCAUGGAAAACAUCAACGGCACAGACGAAAUCUGCGACACGACCCCAAACUCUGACUCCAGACCUGAACCGUCGCAGAACGCGCUGGCCUUCGCUCAUAGCCCAGCGAUGACAAAACACUGGGAAGCUGAGUUGGAGGCGCUAAAGGGGAACAAUGCCAAGCUAACAGCAGCGCUGUUGGAGUCCACUGCCAACGUCAAACAGUGGAAACAACAACUGGCUGCCUACCAGGAAGAGGCCGAGAGACUACACAAACGAGUGACGGAACUCGAAUGCCAGAGCAACCAAAGCCCGGCCAUCAAGUCCCAGAAGACAGAACUCAACCAAACUAUAGAAGAGCUGGAGGCAACCCUGAGGGAAAAAGAAGAGGAAAUGGAAAAGCUGAAAGAAGAAUUGGAAAACAUGAAUGACCUGAUGGAGCAGAAAGACACCCUGGCCCAGAAACUGGAGGAGACGGAGCUCCGCAGUCGGGUGCUGGAGCAGCAGCUGGCGGGGGCCGAGCAGCGAAUGGAGGAAAAUCAAGAGGAGCAGGAGAACUUUAGGAAGAGUCUUCGAACGCUACUGGAGCUGCUGGACGGCAAGAUCUUCGAGCUGACCGAGCUCAGAGACACAUUGGCCCGACUCAUAGAAGAAGCCAGCUAAGAGAAGGAGCUGCCACACGUCUUCGUUACAGAGCCAUACGACCAUUCAUCCGACCUUCCACACGCACCGCGGGCAUAUUGAAGUUGGGAGCCAGCAGAAAUCUGAUUGCUCCCCUCGUAAUGGCAACAUGAGCCUCAUCUUUGCCCUCUCAUUGAAUCUGCGAAUCAUUCAGGCCUAAAAUUGAACUACAAAUAAGAUGACGGCUUUCUUUUUGCAAUCUUAAAACAAAGAACAACAUAAUCCGGUACUUCAUUGGACGAUUUUUAAUUGAAAAAAAGAACAAACGAUACACAGAUUCUCCCUGACUCCGUGCUGGAAGAGAUCGUUUAGCCCCUAAGCUAAUUACAAACUACUCUCACAUGCCCACCUGCACACCCCUGCCCUCCCACUUAACAACUGUGCCUCAGUGCCAUCUGUUGUUUGACUGCUAAAACUACACCACAUCACAGCUUGCAGCAGCGCAUCACCCACUCGCCCCUGACAAACGUGGAAAGUCAUGUGGAAAUAAUUGCUGUUAAGACUCUUGAAAAAAUGUCGCCAAAGCUGCCAAAUCUCCUCAAACAGUGUCCUCUCACCACAUUGGUUCAAAGUGACUCCACUGUACAGGGAAGCAAACAAAGUGUCACACUACCCGAGAAUUAAAAGGACGACUUUUCAGAAAAAAUACAGAGGAUCGAAGAUGUUUCUGGACGCACAAAGCUGUCACCAAACUGCGUUACAAUAAGCUGAUCCGCCACUUACAGAACUUACAUCCCCUGUGACAGCAGUGACUUUUUAUAUGGAAAAAAUCAGUGGGGCCUUCACCUUUUACAGUCUAAUUGUAAGUGAGAAGUUGGAUUAUUGGGCAGAAUUUUUGGAGUUCGGCAUACCCAAGCUCACUUGUACCUCAAAUUUACUCAUAAAUCAAGAUAGCUACCCCUCAAUGAUUACACAUAGACUUCACUAUCAGUUGACGAGAAAGCUCGGACAGACAUUGCGCCAUGGCUUUCUGUAGGGGGCCGGGCCAGGCAGAGCGUCGCGGAAGCUUUCACUGCGAUAAACUAAAAAACACUCUGCGUUUUAACGCCGGAUUUAGAUGGAAACAAGACGAAAGUUGUAGUGCAUACAAGCAGGCAAGAGUGUCUCGAGAGUGAUUUGGUCGAUGAUUUAAUGUCAUUAUUAUAUAGUGUGGGGCAGAGCAACUUGCUUAUUUAAAUUUGGCGCCCUGAAGUGAUGGUUGCUCUGAGGACGGUAGGGAUUGACCUAAUUGAGAGGAUGGGGCUUAAAGUUUUGGUUCUUAACGUGCGUUAUUUGUAGGGUUGUUCCGAUCAUGUUUUUUUUCUCCCGAUCGUUUUAGUUUGAGUAUCUGCCGAUCCAGAUAUUUCCCGAUCCGAUUGCUUUUUUUUGCUCCGUUUGUCCCUAAUAGGAAAUGAAUGGAAAUCGUGUACGAAGGAGAUGUUUACAGAGCUAAACCUACCAAUUCUCUCUGAAAAUGAUGUGCCUGGGGCCAAAUUGACUGGCAAAGAUGUGGAAGAACAUAAAAAUGUUCAGUUAAAGAGAUGGCUUUAGUGUCGAAGGCUGAAAAAGACGAAAAAAACGAGCCGACCUAAGCAUAGCUUUAGUUUUUUUUAUCGACGCGACUGACAAUGACAUUCUCCUGUUUCAACAAAGCUAUCCGUUACCAUCAGCCCUGUCUUUCUUAUAUAUAUCCUCUGGUUGUCCUACGUCUCUUACCGUUCUUGGGGGUAAUUUAGUUAGCUUUGUGUAGCGAUCGCAAAUGCUACUCAGUGACUUUUUUCAUUGAUAACACAUCUUAAUCCUAUAAUUUAUUUACACUUCCCCCUUACUAAAGUUGUUUAUAUAUAUAUAUAUAUAUAUAUACAGAAACGGUAACAGUGGCAGUCAGAUACCAUUGUAAUUCUUUUCAGGUCAUUCAUUGUCAGACAGAAGCAGUACGGCACAACGUCACGCAAAAAAAAAAAAGUUAAAAAUAUAAAAAUGGCUUACCUCUUUGUCCUCUGAAAGACCAUGCCAACCCAACAUAAUGUUUACUGCAUAUGAAACCGAGCUGGUGUUAAAGUCCGCGCAAGUUGAUUCGGUCUUCACAUUUUUUCCUCCCGAGUUUUUGGUUUCCGGAAACGUAUGAAGAAAACAUCCUUCAUGUGUCGUAAUGUCUAGAAUCGUUUCUACAAGUUCCAAAAAAGCAAUGCGUGAUCGGCAUGUUCGUUUUUGAAAGAUUACUGGAGAAAAGUAGCACUAAUUGUGUUGUGUCAAUGCAAGGGCGGGUCUAUAAUGUCCCACUUCGGCUUUACUUCCACUUUACGAUGCGACGUCACGGUCUAAAAAUAGCCUGCGUGCGGUACGCCAUUACAGGCCUCUAAUAUUUUCAAGUUGGAGAACUUGUGCAAUUAGUGGUUGACUAAAUACUUAUUUGCCCCACUGUAUACAGUUGUGGUCAAAAGUUUACAUACACCUGUGAAGAACAUAUUGUCAUGGCUCUCUUGAGUUUCCAGUUAUUUCUACAACUCUGAUUUUUCUCCGAUACAGUGAUUGGAACAGAUACUUCUUUGUCACAAAAAACAUUCAUGAAGUUUGGUUCUUUUAUGUCUUCAUUAUGGGUUAACAGAAAAAGUGAUCAAAUCUGCUGGGUCUAAAAUAUACAUACAGUAACACGAAUUAGCAAUUUCUUGUGAGUGAUUAUUGACAUGAACAAUCAUUGACUUGAACAAGUCAGGAAAGUCACUUGGAGCCAUUUCAAAGCAGCUGCAGGUCCCAAGAGCAACAGUGCAAACAAUUGUUUGUAAGUAUAAAGUGCAUGGCACUGUUUUGUCACUGCCACGAUCAGGAAGAAAACGCAAGCUAUCACCUGCUGCUGAGAGAAAAUUGGUCAGGAGGGUGAAGAUUCAACCAAGAAUCACCAAAAAGCAGAUCUGCCAAGAAUUAGAAGCUGCUGGAACACAGGUGUCAGUGUCCACAGUCAAGCGUGUUUUGCAUCUCCAUGGACUGAGAGGCUGCCGUGCAAGAAGGAAGCCCUUGCUCCAAAAGCGGCACCUUAAGGCUCGAAUGAAGUUUGCUGCUGAUCACAUGGACAAAGAUAAGACCUUCUGGAGGAAAGUUCUGUGGUAAAAAUCGAGCUGUUUGGCCACAAUGCCCAGCAAUAUGUUUGGAGGAGAAAAGGUGAGGCCUUUAACCACAAGUACACCAUGCCUACCGUCAAGCACGGUGGUGUUAGUAUUGUGCUGUGGGGCUGUUUUGCUGCCAAUGGAACUGGUGCUUUACCGAGAGUAAAUGGGAUAAUGAAGAAGGAUGAUUACCUUCAAAUUCUUCAAGAUAACCUAACGUCAUCAGCCCGAAGAUUGGGUCUUGGACGCAGUUGGGUGUUCCAACAGGACAAUGACCCCAAACACACAUCAAAAGUUGUAAUGGAAUGGCUAAAUCAGGCUGGAAUUAAGGUUUUCAAAUGGUCUUCCCAAAGUCCCAUUGAGAACUUGUGGACAAUGCUGAAGAAACAAGUCCACGUCAGAAAGCCAUCAAAUUUAACUGAACUGCACCAAUUCUGUCAAGAGGAGUGGUCAAAGAUUCAACCAGAAGCUUGCCAGAGGCUUGUGGAAAGCUACCAAAAGCUCCUAAUUGAAGUGAAAAUGGCCAAGGGACAUGUUACCAAAUAUUAGCGCUACUGUAUGUAUAUUUUUGACCCAGCAGAUUUGAUCACUUUUUUCUGUUCACCCAUAAUAAAGUCAUAA